GGAGCGCGCGGCGCCUCAACAAUGUCGUCCAGUGGCACCCUCAGCAACUACUACGUGGACUCGCUCAUAGGCCAUGAGGGCGACGAGGUGUUCGCCACGCGCUUCGGGCCACCAGGGCCGGGGACACAGGGCCGGCCCUCAGGUGUGGCCGAUGGCCCGACCGCCGCCGCCGAGUUUGCCUCGUGUAGUUUUGCCCCCAAAUCGACCGUGUUCUCCGCCUCGUGGUCCGCGGUGGCCGCCCAGCCCCCGGCGGCGGCGACGAUGAGCGGCCUGUACCACCAGUACGUGUCCCCACCACCCCUGGCCACCGCCGAGCCGGGUCGCUACGUGCGCUCCUGGAUGGAGCCUCUGCCCAGCUUCCCUGGCGGCGCGGGUGGUGGCGGUGGCAGUGGUGGCGGCGGUGGCGGAGGCCCGGGUUCCGUUCCCAGUCCUGGCGGCCCAGCCAACGGGCGCCACUAUGGGAUUAAGCCUGAAACCGGAGCGGCCCCGGCCCCCGCCGUAGCCUCCACCUCCUCCUCCACCUCCUCGUCCUCCUCCUCCAAACGGACUGAGUGCUCCGCGGUCCGCGAGUCCCAGGGGAGCGGCGGCCCAGAAUUCCCGUGCAACUCGUUCCUGCGGGACAAGGCGGCGGCGGGAGGGAACGGGCCCGGGGUGGGAAUCGGGGCCGGGCCUGGGGCGGGAGGCUCGUCUGAGCCCUCAGCUUGCAGCGAUCACCCGAGCCCGGGCUGCCCGCUGAAGGAGGAGGAGAAGCAGCAGCCGCAGCCGCCGCAGCAGCAACUUGACCCAAACAACCCCGCAGCGAACUGGAUCCACGCUCGCUCCACCCGGAAAAAGCGCUGUCCUUACACCAAAUACCAGACGCUGGAGCUGGAGAAGGAAUUCCUCUUCAAUAUGUACCUCACCCGGGACCGGCGCUACGAGGUGGCCAGGAUUCUGAACCUUACAGAGAGACAGGUCAAAAUCUGGUUCCAGAACCGUAGGAUGAAAAUGAAGAAGAUGAGCAAGGAGAAAUGCCCCAAAGGAGACUGACCCAGUG